AUGGCUAUUGUUUCUUCAGGGCGAAAGCAAAAGGUAGACAAGAGUGAGGCUCGUCGAAAGCUACGUGAAAGUCGAAAUUAUGAUCCUCUUGCCCACCGAAAGGAAGAUGCCCAGAGAAGUCGUGACAGAGCCUCCAUGGAUACCAAGGAGUUGUACAGAGGAAUAGUAAAGCUUUAUGAGGAGUUCAUUACGAGUGAAGGAGUGAUACCAGCUGGAUUCCCUGUCAAAGACAACUUUCCUGUUCCCAUACUAGAAGAACUCAAGAGCUUUAUUCGCUGGUACAUUGCUUCUACAGAAGGCAGCAUUUACGAUAGCCCGACAAUGAGAACCGUUCUUGCCUUUGCACAGCAAUUCGUUCCGGGGUCCUAUCUGUUGACUGGAAAUCAAAUUCCACCACAGGACUCAGAGGAGCUUUAUUUUUGGAUCCAAUACGUCUUGACGGAGGAAAAUGUGAUCAAUGACAUCAAAAAGGAAAAAUACAAUUUCACCAAGGAGAACUUUAUCCAAAUUAUGACCUCCUUUUGGGUCCUUGAUAACCCGGUGUUCCUCCAUGGCAGACAUAAGAUUCAAAUUCCGUUUAUCACCAAGAUAUUCCUCUUUAUGGGUGCAAGGAUCGGAGCAUUCCUACCAGCAAACAAGCACAAGCAGGAAAGAGGCCUUCGUUACAAGCACAUCCAAUUGGUCCUUUUUUGUACUCACGGCAAUGCUCCGUGGAGCCAGUUGGAAACUGUACCAGCAAUGGGUCAAGAACAAUCAAAGCCUGAGAUAUAUUGUUUUUAG